GUCGCGGCGCUGCGGGAGCUGGGACGGAGCGGGGUCGAGCCGAGCCUACGCUGAGCGCGGGGCCGCCCUGCCCUGGCCCUCUUUUGUUGUCUGAGUUCCUGGCGGCAGCGGGCUCCGGCCCUGGUGGGGCGGGCGGGAUGUCCCAGGAGAAUCUCCUCGGCAUGGAUGAGGGAGCGCUGCGGAAGCUGCUGGAGGCAACGCUGGACCUGGCUGAGCGGCGCCGCAUCCGCUCGGCCAUCAGGGAGCUGCAGCGGCAAGAGCUGGAGCGGGACGAGGAGGCACUGGCAUCCAAGCGCUUCCGCACAGAGCGUGGCAGCCACCGGCAGGACGACAAGGAGAACUGGCCACGGUCCCGGCGCCUGGAGGAGGAGCAGCAGGCAGCCCUGGCUGCCUUGUCCAGGCAGCUUGAAGCCAUCACUGAUGUGGAGGAGCUGACAAAACUGCUGCGGGCGGCGGGUGAGUAUGAGGAGCGCAAGCUGAUCCGAGCUGCCAUCCGCAAGCUGCGGGCUGAGGAGAUUGAAGCUGCAACCCUGGCUGGAAACACGCAGAGCAGAAGGAAGGAUGGCAGUGAGCCCCCUGCUGUGCCUGGGGCUGUGAAAAGCAGCCAGAGGGAUGAUGCUGAAACUCCAGCCCAGGCUGGGAGUGGGAAGAACAGCCCAAGAAGCGAUCCUGAUCUGCCAGCCCUGGCUGAGAGCGGGGAGGGCCAUGGUGAAGGCAGCACUGAGCCCUUGACCACAGCUAGGAGCGAGGAGAGCAGUCAGCGGGAUGAUGCAGGGCAGCCGACGUUGGCUGUGCCGGACGAGAGUGGCCAUGGUGGGGCUGCAGAGCUGUGCUCUGCUCAGGAGCCAGAAGGCUCAGCGGCCCAUGAGCAAGUUGACGUGGUGGAGCAGGACCGUGUCCCAGCUGGGAUGCAGGAGCUACGCAGUCAGCAGGCAGGAGACCCCCAGAAACCCAGUACCCAGGCUGUGGUCUCGGGGACUCUCGCGCUCCUGGAGCUGCAGCAGGCCCCAGAACCUGGUCUGGAGCUUGAAGGUGGUGGUGAGGAGCCAGAGCAGGUCCAGCUGUGCUCCCUGGGCACUGCUCAGCCCAAGGGGCAGCACCAGGUGGCCUGGAAGGAAGGAAGCCCACGUAGCUCUGCCACUGCCCAGGAGCCCAGUGGAGGGCGAAGCCAUUGGGUGGAGCAGCCCCCCAUGGGCCAUCCCAGUGCUGGCAGCCAGCUUGGUGUCGGGGUGCGCAGCCAGGUGCCAGCACCGGCCGGGAGGCAUGUUGAGCCGCCAUCGGUGGCAGUGCCUACCCAAGACAUAGUGGGGACCCCGACUCGCGUGAACACUCACCGGUGGGAAAAAGUGCCCUCCUCCUCCUCCCUAUGCUCGACUGGCCGCACAGAGGUGACCCUGGGGCUGCGGGGCACUCCCAUCCACAUCACCACCAUCCCCAGCAGUGGUGGCAGCGUCUGCAGCGUCAGCAGCAUCAGCAGUAAUGUCACCAAGGGUAAUGUGAGGCGCUCGCACACGGGGCCUUGGCAGGAGCCAGGAUCGGGGCUCGCUGCAGCGUCUGCUGGCACCAGCACUGCCGCCAUGCCAGGGGUCGGCCUGGAGGGGCUGGUGCAGGCCAGGGCGGCUGAGCUGGUGGAGCUGCGGCGAGAGCUGGGGGCUUUCUGGGGGGUGGUGGAGGAGCAACUGGAGCAGGCACUGCAGCAGGUGCAGCCCCUGGUGCGGGCGCUGCAGGCGCUGGAGGAGGAGCACCUGGAGCUGCGGGCAGAGCUGGUGCGCCUGGGCUGCCACCUCGACCUGCUGACACUGCGGCUUGGGCCCCAGGAGCCCCCCAGGAAGGACCUCAGCACCCUAUUUCUGGAAGCACAGGACCCUUGCGCCCACUUUGAGGGCAUUGAGGAACCCAGUGGCCCCGUGGCCCAUCCACCCACUUUCUCCAGCACGCGUCAGCAAUCGACCCUGCAUCUCUCCCGGAGCAACAGUGGCAUGGAGCCCAAGGGGGUGGAGCAGUCCCAGGUGCCGAGGCUGGAGCCAGAGCUGCCCAAUGGCAUGGAGAAAGUCCAAGUGAGGGAGCUGGAGAGAAGGAGCAAGCUGAACAUUGAGGAACUGAGCAGAAUCGAGGAUGAAGAUGUUCUGGAUAAGAUGCUGGAUCAGACAACAGACUUUGAGGAGCGGCGACUGAUUCGAAAUGCCAUGCGGGAGCUGCGCCAGCGCAAGCGAGACCAGCGGGAGAAGGAGCGGGACCAGCGGCUGCAGGAGACAAGGAGCCAGGCUACAGCAGGGAGACCUGGCCACACCACGGAGACCACCACCACCCAGAGCACCCAGUCAGCUGAUGGCUCGGCACGCAGCACCGUCACCAAGACUGAGCGCCUCAUCCAGUCUAGUGAUGGCAGCAAGACCUCCCGUACCACAACCAUGGAGUCAAGUUACGUGAGGAGAUCAGACAAUGGCAACAGCACAUUCGUUCAAACUAAAUCAUCCUACAGCUCCUCUUCCAAGAAGACAGGCAGCAUCUUCGACCGUGAAGAUGAGAGCGCCUCCAGGCAGAGCAGCCUGGCCGCGCUGGAGCGGCGCCAGGCUGAGAAGAAGAAGGAGCUGAUGAAAGCUCAGAGCCUGCCCAAGACAUCGACCUCACAGGCUCGCAAGGCCAUGAUGGAGAAGCUGCAGAAGGAGGGUGGGAGCUCGCCCAACUCUGCAGCAGCACGCACUGCUGUGCAGCGCUCCUCCAGCUUUGGUGUGCCCAACGCCAACAGCAUCAAGCAGAUGUUGCUGGACUGGUGCAGAGCCAAGACCCGAGGCUAUGAGCAUGUGGACAUCCAGAACUUCUCAUCCAGCUGGAGUGACGGCAUGGCCUUCUGCGCCUUAGUCCACAAUUUCUUCCCCGAGGCAUUUGAUUACAGCCAGCUGACGCCCCAGAACCGCCGCCACAACUUUGAGGUGGCCUUCUCCUCCGCAGAGAAGCACGCGGACUGUCCGCAGUUGCUGGACGUGGAGGACAUGGUCCGGAUGCGCGAGCCGGAUUGGAAGAUGUUGGCGGACUGCGUGCCUCUGGUGGAGGUGGAAGACAUGAUGAUUAUGGGGAAGAAGCCAGAUGCCAAGUGUGUCUUCACCUACGUGCAGUCCCUCUACAACCACCUGCGUCGCCACGAGUUGCGCAUGCGGCAGAAAGAGUGCUAGAGCCUGCCCUGCCUGCCAGCCUGCUGCCCCCUGCCCUCAGGGCUGCUGGCGCACAGGGGAGCUGCCUGCCCCAGGAGGGUCUCGGGGGACCACUGGACCAGCACUGGGGACAGGGGCCUCCGCCACUGGGGCAACCCCAUGGCUCUGCCUCACUGGAGGCUGCCUCUAGCUGGCUGUGGGCUGACCCUGUGGGCAGGGCCAGGCAGGUGCUGGCAGGGAUGCUCCCCAGCUUGGCUCGCCUCCCGCGCUCCAGCGUGUUAAGUUAUUUGUUCUUCAGGAGUUGUUUGUCUUAUGGGAAGCACUUGUGUGUCCCUGGGGAGGCCUGGGCAUGGCUGCGCCCUUGGGCCCAGGGCUGGCAGGGGUCAGCAGCUGAGCAGGGUCAUGCAGCCCAGCCGGGUCAUGGUACAUCCGGCAGGCAUUGCACCCGUAAGUGGUUCUCCUUGCCCCCCUGCAAGGAAGCCCCUCUGCCUACCACAGGCCCUGCUUGGUGCCACCUCCCUUGUGACAGCUCCAUGGCCCCGUGAUAACACCCUGCUUCCCACUGCACACAUGCAUCCUGGGGCAAUUCCACACCGUGGGGGCUGCAGCACCCAUGUGCUGAGGA